UUUUAGUAUCCGCUGACGUCAUCCUUUUUUUAUAGGAAAAAAAAGAGAAGAUCUAACGUUUCAGAUUGAUUUGGUAUUCAAUCUAAGGGUUCUGUGUGUUCUAGGUGAUGUCAUCUAUUUGAAAAUAGAACUUAAUCCAAUGGUUAAAAUUAGCACACCUUUUAAUCUAAGGGUUGAGAUUAGACUUACCUUUUGUUUGGAAGAAGACGUCGCUACCGAAGCUUCGUGUGUCCGUAGUGAAGCAUUGCGUCCUUUAAUGGAGUUGUGACCCUUGGUUCGCAUCUCUUCCUCUGUUUAUAUUUGAUAACCAGUUUACUAUUCUUUUUUUCCUCAUUUUUUUAUUUCUCCUUUCUGUUUCGUUUUUUUCAAAACAAAAACUUUUUUUUUUUCAAAACAAAAACUUGAAACAAAUUAUAGUUAGUUUUUAUCCCUUUCCAACACUUAAUACACGACACACAACUGUGUUUUUGUGUCGGCCUCGUUCUGUUGGCUUUGGGUCGCAUUGUUCUUUCUUCUCUGGUUUUAUCCGGAGAGUUACACUGGUUUCAUUUGUCAAGUUGGCAUCUUCAACCGCCUUGGCUGGCUGAUUUCAACGGGGCGUAUGUUAUACCCAAUCCUGAGUCAGAGUUUCUGGUGAGAAACCGAGCAUAUGUUUCUCUGGGGAAUCGAAGUGGCUUUCACUUUACUGUUUCAGAGUAAUGGAGUACAACGAAGAAGCUUCCCGUGUUUGACUGUUUUGUGCCACUGAAACAACAGGGAAUUGAAGAAGAGUGUUUUAGAGGGCACGUGUUGAGAGCAACAAAAAGUGUGGUGGUUAAAGAUCUUUAAGACAUAACCUUGGGUUGUUAUUGUUCAUCCAACUCAUCUGAUUAAGGUUUCACAGCCGUGUGUAGACCAGAAAGGAGAUUGGUAUCACUGAUUUUGCGGGUACGAAUGUGAUAAAUAUAAAACCAUCUUUUGACAAUAUACUAUAUGCAUUUUUUAAAAGAGAAUUGAUGAUAUCUUAUAAUUUAUUUUCCAAUAAUAUAAUGAAACUGUGCCAUAUAUAUUAUAUAAUGACUUUUAAGUAGAGUUGAAAAGUCUUUUUAAUGUAUUCUUCUGUAAAUAGUUUAUGCUAUUUAUGUUACAAUUUCAAAGAGUUUAUCUAACAGUUGUGAAGUUUGAAACUUAAUAAGGUAUAUAUUUCUAAACUUUUUACAUUAAAAUAUAAUUUACUAUUUUUGGUUAUAUUGAGGAAACUCAGUUUCAAAUUUUUUUAGAUUAUUACACUCCAUUCAGUGAAUGUUUUAAACAUCUUUCAUCUUCGAGAACUCUCUGCAACUUAUAUUUGACAUCACAUAAUAUUUAAUGCAUCAAUUGUUUCCUAUCUAAUGUUUAAUAAUAUUUUUUUGUAUUUUUGGUUUUAAUAAGGAGGAAACUCAGUUUCAAAAUUUUUUAAAACAUUAUUUUCUAUAAGAAAAAUUCUAAUUAAAUAUUUGUAUAUUAAUUAUUUAAACAGUAAAUUAUUACGUAAGGUUGAGACUAAAAGUUAAGGUCUCCAUUCGCAUGUAGUUACAUCUCUUAUAAUAGUCAUUUCAUUUUUUCAGAUUUUUCAUAUAUGUGUCUUCUACAAAGACCAUUUGUGUUAAAAUUAUACUAUGAUAAACAAAACAAUAACAAAACUAUAUUAUCACCAUUAUAUUCUCUCCACAAGUCAUCUACUGUUUAAUCUUCAAUCAGUCUUUUAUUAUUGUCAAUAUCUCAUACACCAGUUUUGCAGUCACUUAAUCACCAUUAUAAUUAUUUUUCAUUUAUAUAAUCUUUUGAUUGCUAAUCAGUAUUUUAAAAAUAAAUGAUUUUGUUAAGUAUAAAUAUGAAUGUUUUUAAAUACACUGUAUUAAUAUCAAUUAAUUGAAAUUUUCACUAAAUAAUUCAACUAUCCGCGCGAAUGCGCGGAUUUGUUUCCUAGUAGAAAUAAUAGGGUUAUACGUACGUUUCAACUGAUGAUGGCUCAUAAAGAUUAUUAAAUAAGAACUCACGAAUGUUUUAUAAUCUUAAGUUUGUUAAAGCAUGCCCAAUUAUCCUUGAUUAAAUCGAACAAAUCGAUAUAAGUGAGCUCAAUGUAAUAUAUGGUUUCUUUUUAUUUUAAAAAUUUCAAUAUGUAAAUAACCAUAACAUAAAUUUAAGUCAGUCCUGGAAGAAAAAAACAAACAAGCCAUAGUUUGCUUGGAACCGCACCAAAUCCAACCUAAACAACACUUAAGAAAAUACGUUUAGUUACUUGAGUGUCAUUGACCAAUAACAAUUGAAUUUGUGAAGUUAAACCAAACCGGAUUACACGGCCAAAGAGUAACAAAUAUAAAUAGAAGAGUAAGGGAAGUAAGAGAGUAAUAAACCUACGAAAAAGCAAACAACCCUAAAAUUCUCAAGUUUAUCUUUUCAGAAUCCAAAUCACGCCUUGAUGUAGAAAAAGAAGAAGAUACUAUUUAAUGGCGGAUCUGACUUGUACUACACCGUUUGUGUUAUAUCCAUUACUCGUCAUAAUCCUUUUCUUCUACUCCCUUAACCACCAUACCGGAUUUCUCUCCUCCGUCGUCAACGAUGAUCCUUCUUGUCAUCACUCCCUCACCUCUUCGUCUGUGUUCUCUUCCUUCAGAUUCUUACCUUCUCGUUCUUCUUCCUCUUGUCACACCACUCUCAACAACUCGUCUUCAUCAGAAGUUACGGUGGUAGAUGAAGCGGCGCAGAGAAUCGAAGAGGGUUUGGCGAUGGCGAGAGCCGCCAUACAGAAAGCUGGAGAAGUGGAUCUCCGGAAGAAUAGUUCGGAUUUGGGAUUAGUAUCAAAUGGAUCUAUCUAUCUCAACGCUUUUGCUUUUCAUCAGAGCCACAGAGAGAUGAAGAAAAGAUUUAAGAUAUGGACAUAUAGAGAAGGAGAAGCUCCUCUCUUUCACGAAGGUCCUCUCAACGAUAUCUACGCUAUUGAAGGCCAAUUCAUGGACGAGAUCGAGAAUGGAAAUAGCCCUUUCGCUGCAGCUUCACCAGAGGAAGCCACCAUGUUCUACAUCCCUGUAGGGAUCGUCAGUAUCAUACGAUUUGUCUAUAGACCUUACACUAGCUACGCACGUGACCGUCUCCAAAACAUUGUCAAAGACUACAUCUCUCUUGUCUCUAACCGUUACCCUUACUGGAACCGCACUCGCGGUGCUGACCAUUUCUUCCUCUCCUGUCACGAUUGGGCACCUGAUGUUUCAACGGUAGAUCCAGAACUAUACAAGCAUUUCAUCAGAGCUCUAUGCAAUGCCAAUGCAUCCGAGGGGUUCACACCCGUGAGAGACGUUUCAUUACCGGAAAUAAAAAUUAAAUUCAGCAAAUUAGGGUCUACACACGAGGGAGAACCGCCUCAAAACCGAAAACUAUUGGCGUUUUUCGCCGGCGGUUCUCACGGAGAAGUUCGGAAAAUACUUUUCCAACACUGGAAAGAAAAGGACAAAGACGUUCUUGUCUACGAGUAUCUCCCCAAGACCAUCAACUACACGAGAAUGAUGGACCAUGCGAAGUUUUGUCUGUGUCCGAGCGGUUGGGAAGUAGCUAGUCCAAGAAUCGUGGAGGCUCUUUACUCCGGUUGUGUUCCGGUCAUCAUAGCUGAUUCUUACGUACUUCCAUUUAGUGACGUGUUGAAUUGGAAGAGAUUCUCGGUUCAGAUUCCGGUACGGAAGAUACCGGAGAUAAAGAAGAUUUUAGAAGCGAUAACUGAAGAGGAGUACUUGGAGAUGCAGAGGAGAGUUCUUGAGGUGAGAAAACACUUUGUUGUAAACAGACCAUCGAAGCCAUAUGAUAUGUUGCAUAUGGUUAUGCAUUCGCUUUGGUUACGGAGGCUUAAUGUUAGAAUUCCUUUUUCACAGUGAAACUAUAUGUUGUUAGACUCUUUUAAUAUAGUAGAUAUUACACAUGCAUAUAGUAUUAGGGAUAAAUGUCCCACAUCGGAUAUUGGAAGGGAUCCUUAGCAAUAUAUAAGAUGAAUGUGCCACUCCACUUAGCACUAAUUGGUUUUAGGUUGGAAGCCCAUCUAGCUUAACAUGGUAUCAGAGCCCGAUCCACGCAGUCCAACCCGAUCCACAUCGAUCUGGUCCAAAGUCGGCCCAUCGAUCCUUGCCCGAGCAUUCCGAGAUUGACGCUCAAAGAGCCAUCAUCUCGAGAGGGCGUAUUAGGGAUAAAUGUCCCACAUCGGAUAUUGGAAAGGAUCCUUAGCAAUAUAUAAAAUGAAUGUGCCACUCCACUUAGCACCAAUUGGUUUUAGGUUGGAAGCCCAUCUAACUUAACAUAUAGUAUAUAAGAACUUGGGAAACUUUAAAAAUGUUUCGUUUCACAUAUAUAUUCGAUUAGUACAAGCCUUCGAGUUUCGUUUGGGAAAGAAACGUGUAAAAGUUGCAUGCAGGCCUGGUUGUACGUGUAACGGUAGGAAACCCACCCACAAGGCCCAUAAAGGAUAAGAACUUAGAAAACGAGAAAUAUUGUCAUCAUACUUUAAAAUCAUAGUAACCACCACCAAGGCACCAACUAUAGUUGUUCAAAUGAGAUAGCAUUUUUCUGUUAUGAAGUUUUUCUACUACAAGACAUAAGCCAUCAAUUUUUAUUCUUUGUUACUUUAGAAUUUAGAUAUUCUAUCUAUUACAUAAAACUUGGGCAGCUUUUUUCAUAGCCUCAAAAUCAUAAUAGUAGCAAUAUUUGAAGCGAGAAUAUAGGAAGGACCAAUACUGCAGUAAUGAAUAGUGU